AUGGCCAACGGUGUACACGUCGAAAAGGUCACGGCUACGAGCUCGGGGCUAGAUGAAUCACAAGGUGCCAUACGCGCGAUGCUAAGCAAGGACAAGACCGCCUACCGCAUUACUGCAAACGACUACUCUCAGCACUGGGACGACAAAGGGGUCUCGCACGAGACGGAUGAGGUCCGACGUGCGCGAGCAGACGCCUACGCCGAGCUGACGGGUCAGUACUAUGACAUAUCCACGGAUGUCUACGAGCACGCGUGGGGCGAGUCAUUUCACUUCUGUCGGUUUGCACGUGGGGAGAGUUUUGCGCAGGCCAUUGCCCGCCAUGAGCACUACCUUGCCGCCUGCAUCGGCAUUCGGAGGAACAUGCAGGUGCUGGACGUUGGGUGCGGUGUAGGAGGUCCGGCUCGCGAGAUGGUCACAUUCACCGGGUGCCGUGUGACCGGCCUCAACAUCAGCGAGUACCAGCUCAAACAUGCCAGGGCUUACGGCGAAAGGAACGGGCUCUCACACCGGCUCGACUUCGUCCAGGGCGACUUCAUGAAGAUGCCAUUUCCUGAUGCUUCAUUCGACGCCGUGUAUUCCGUGGAAGCAACAGUUCAUGCUCCUUCGCUACGGCGAGUGUACAGUGAGAUUCACCGCGUCCUGAAGCCAGGUGGACGAUUCGGCAUCUAUGAGUGGGUCAUGACGGACGCGUUUGACAACGAAAACAUCGACCAUCGGCGCAUUCGUCUGGCGAUUGAGAAGGGCUACGGCAUCGCAGCCAUGGUCAAGAUGUCGGAUGCUCUCGCUGCCUUGCAGGAGUCCGGCCUGGAGCUGGAGUCGGAGUACGACCUGGCGGUCAACGAGGGGAAUCUCGACGUCGCGCCGUGGUACUGGCCCAUGGGAGGUGACAUGAGGCACGCUCAGACCGUCUGGGAUGUCCUAUCCCUACUGAAGAAGAACAGGUACGGGGCAAUGGUCACCGCGCGCCUCUUGGGCCUACUCGAAACGGUUGGUAUCGCUCCGGCUGGCAUUAAAAGGACUGUAGACAGUAUGGGUGAGGGCGCAGAUGCGUUGGUCACAGGCGGUAAACAAGGUUUGUUUACGCCUAUGUACCUUAUGGUUGGACGAAAACCAUAUGUUUAA